AUGAACAACUGUAUUCGUUCGCAAGCUCUCCUCCUUAACGGAAUCAAUACGGAUAGACAAACGAUGGAACUUCUGAAGAGUUCUGCAUCUGGUAUGUUUACUGUCUAUGUGUGGAAGACUCUCACUGUCAACGAUUUGCAGAUCCAUCUGUCCACCAUGCGUCUAGGCGAUGAACCCCUGAUGAACGGAUCCAAGGCGAAGAUAGCACCGUCUACGGUGAUGGUUAAGUCGACAAUUCGGGAAUCAUGUCGCCCAGACGUCUUUCAGGCUAGUUCUGACAAGAAUUAUCCCAUGAAAAGAACUCUGAGCGAAAGGAAAUGCUGCACCGACGGGAACCUCCUCAUCUAG